CUCGCUAGCACAGUUGGUCCGAGCUGCUGAAAGGUCUGGUCGCAGAGGCAGGAACGCAGCAUCCUCAGCGUGCUCCAUCCCGGCUGCAUCCUCCUGCGCUCGGCCGGCAGCGAGCCUCCGGACGAGAGCCCCUCUGCUUCUCGGAGAAGCCUGAUGAAGUCCUCCGAUAUCGAUCAGGAGUUGUUUACAGACAGUUACUGCAAGGUGUGCAGCGCACAGCUGAUAUCCGAAUCCCAGCGGGUGGCCCAUUAUGAGAGUCGAAAACAUGCAAGCAAAGUCCGACUAUAUUACAUGCUUCACCCCAGGGAUGGUGGAUGUCCUGCCAAGAGGCUCCGGGCAGAAAAUGGAAGUGACGCUGACAUGGUGGAUAAGAAUAAGUGCUGUACACUCUGUAACAUGUCCUUUACCUCAGCCGUGGUGGCCGACUCACAUUACCAAGGCAAAAUCCACGCCAAAAGGUUAAAACUGUUGCUAGGAGAGAAACCACCACUGAAAACCACAGCAACACCCCUGAGUUCACUUAAGGCCCCUCGGGUGGACACGGCUCCUGUGGUCGCAUCUCCCUAUCAAAGGAGAGACUCAGACAGAUACUGUGGCCUCUGUGCAGCCUGGUUUAAUAAUCCUCUGAUGGCCCAGCAGCAUUAUGAAGGCAAGAAACACAAAAAGAACGCAGCACGGGUUGCCUUGCUAGAGCAGCUUGGAACAUCGCUGGAUCUGGGGGAACUGAGAGGUCUGAGGCGGACUUACAGAUGCACCAUCUGUAGUGUGUCGCUCAACUCAAUAGAACAGUACCAUGCACACCUGCAAGGAUCGAAACAUCAGACCAAGUAGCCUGAAGAAUAAGUAGUGAAAACAUCAAUCAAGAGCUAAGAAGAAAUUGCAGCAUGUCUCUGUGGCAGAGAUCUGCUCACCAACUGCAAGAGGAUCCUUUCUUGAGCAAUGAACACUUCUUACAAGGAUUCACAGAUUAACACACGACCAGUCUUGAUUUUUGAAAGUAGAUAAGAUUUCUUUUUCUUCCUUUCAUUUAGUGGCAAAUUAUACUUGGAUGAGUUUUAAAGAAUCCUUUCCUGGUAACACGUUUAGCACAAGUUCUAAACUGCAAUCACACAGCAGCUAGUCUGAGCAUUAUUCAAACUUACAAAGAGUGGAAAAUUUAAUUUCCAAUUUAUUCUAGAUUUCCUUAGAGUUACCGUGAUUCUGUGAGACCCUUCAUGAUUUUCAUGUAAGUCUCCUAGAUCCAUUAAUGAAUAUACUUUUGUCAUCAUGGGGAACAUAGUUGGCGACAAUAUUCACAGCAACAAAACAAAUUGUAGUUUGUGGAAGUUAUAUAAUGGAUAGAACACUGGUUCUUCUGCUUUACAUCGAUGAGACAGCCUUGCCUCUAAAUGCCAGGAGCAUGAAAUUUGAUGGAAACAGAGAGGAAGGACCUUCACUCUGGAUCACCUUGAUGGAAAGCUUCCCAAGAUUAAGCCAUGUUCUCUUUGCAAGCUGCCAGAUCAUAGCUUAGAAAAAGAAUUAGUUUGAUUGCAUGAUGAUCCUAUUACGUCAAAAUGUCAUCACAGCAGUUGACCUUGGUGUAAUGCUUUACUAAAGGUAUCCGAAGGAGAAUUUUCAACCCCAGAGUGAGAUGGAAGUAGUUCUUAGGAAAUUAGCCUGAAUUGUGGGCUUUAAUUUGGGGUACUGAUGAUUUUGGGGGAAGAAGUGACUAAAUCCUGAAGAAGCUUCAUUCUUCUGUUUCUCUUCCAUCAUGUUGCUGAGCUGGGAUUCAGUGACUUUGAAAAGAUUGGCUCUGGGUAGAGGAUGGACCAGAGAACUAGUAAUCUUUGAAGGGAUCAAGUCUGAGUACAGCUGUAUAAUUUCUUCUCCAGGGUUAAUUGCUCUGCUUCGUGAUGGGAAGUGGUGUCUUGUAGACACUACAAGGUAGAUGCAGAACUUCUGUUCCUGGGCUCUCAGCUGGCUGGAGCAGCCCUUGACACCUUGUGACCACCACUCUGAUGAAGUCAGACUUUCCCGGACAUCAUUGCUUUCCACGGAGGUCUGAAGUGGUUACAGCCAGUGAGCAAUAAAUGAAACGACACGGAAAUGCACAGUGUUGUUCUUAAGGUGCCUGUUUUGUUGUGUGAGGAGGAGGUCACAGUCCAGAGGGACCAGACUGUGGCUGCAAAGAGGAAGGUCCCACACUAUAUACAGUCAUGCUGCAGGUGGGGAGGAAGAUGGGUGUGGUGACAGCAAGUUUAUUUUGCUAUCUUGGAAAGAAGCACACGACAGAGCUGCAAUCCUCCAAUGACGGCUUUUCUUCGAAUGUGUGGAAUAGAGCUUUAUUUGUCAAUUCUGCUGUAAAAUAAGCACAGUCUGAGCUUUUUUUUUUUUACUUUUAAAUCUUUUUUUCUGUUUAUGUUUAGUGCCUGAGCUCUUUCCCUGAAGUGUUGUGUUUAUUUUUUUUAAUGACCUAAGAUAGAAAAACCUAGGAACAUAGAUUCUCUUUGUGUUACAGUGAAGCUUUGCCAAGUCCUUUGUAGAUAAACCUCCAGCUACAAUAAUCUGAUUAUUUCAGAGUGCCUCAUCUAAAUACCAUUGCUCUUUGGCAAGCUGACACAAACACCCUACCAGGAAUGUUCUUGGUUCAAUCGUUCUCACUUUCACUCAUGCCCAUGCAGAGGAGGAGAAUUUCAUUCCAGCACACCAUGAAGACUACUUGGCCAGACUACUUAAUGCAGGAAGGCUCAGAAAUGCCACUAUGUCCUGGGAACUGUAGAAUAGAAACACCUUUACUCGGAAAACUGUGCUGUUCACUGCUCCUUGGGUGUGGCUGUUAUGUUUCAUUGAGUCUUACGUUACUUUCCAAUUUUGUUAUGGGUAGAUGGGAGUUGGAUUUAAGGCAAAUGUUUUCAAAUGGCCAGUUAAUUCUGCUGGAAAGGAAAGAGACCCAUGCUGCCAUCACUCUGGGCACUCUGGAACGACCAUGAGGAACACAAAUACCUACUGACCUUGUAUUAAAUCAAGAUGUCUGUGUUCAAUAGGACAGUUACUGAUGGUUGAUAUAGUCAAACGUCUUUCUCUAGCUUCUCUUUUUAUCCCAUGACUGCAUCUUGGGAAUUUGACAUGCAUUACCCGUGUGCUCUCCCACCGAACCCCAUGCUUACCCCUGAUUUUUCAGGCAACUCAAUCACUCCUUGGUCCUGGCAACACAAUGCAAAUUUGCUUUACAAAAUGUCCUUCCCUUUUAGUGCAGAAAUAAGCUUGAGGCUAGCACAUGGGCCAGUGGUCACAAAUGCCGUGGCAGUGAGACCCAAAUUAAUGAGCUCUCCUUACAUACAGUCUCCACAGCCCAGUGAACUAAUAAAUAUGCUCAUAAAGCAAUCCACUAAGCAGCAAAUGCUGCCGUGAUUCCUUCUGCUGAUAGAGUAGCCAUAAAACUCACCCACUGCGGCUGGACUGCAAGACCGAUAGGAUUUGAAUUCUCUUGGCCUCUUCGAUGACAUAGAAACAUAAAUUGGAACUGUGAGGAUUGUUGGUGUAAGUUUAUUAGGCCAACCGUAUCAAAAGGCAAGAAUGAUGGGACACAUGAGAAACACCGACAAUUCUGCAGAACCCUGCCCCCUUCUGUCAAGGCUGAGUGAGACAUUUUUUGACGAGGCAGUGGGAAUACAGAACACCAAACCCCAAUAAGAGACUACUGGGUCAUAACGACACUCCCACUAAAUAUCUGUUGUUCACUUGAUCAGCUUGUCCAAUGAAUUAUUUUUCUUUUGUAAGAAUAAAACUAAGAAGGGUCUGUCUGUUCAACAUAUUAUUGUAGGGAUGGAUUUCCCCCUCCCCUUUUCUGGUUUUGAAUUUGUUCAUAUUCAAGGCAUGUUAAACUACCUCAUAGGUUUGUUGUGUGGAUUAGCUAAUUAAUAAAUAACAACUGCUUAAACUAA